AUGGCUGAAAAAGUAGCUGUUGUGACAGGCUCCAACAAAGGGAUAGGCUACGGUAUUGUGCGAGAACUGUGCAAACGUGGCGUAGGAUAUGUUUAUCUAACAGCAAGAGAUGUUAAAAGGGGUAAAGAAGCAGUCGAAAGUCUCAAGAAAGAGGGUUUCAAGCCACUUUUCCACCAACUUGAAGUCACAGAUAAGAACAGUGUAAAGUCAUUCGCAGCGUACCUCAAAGAAAAACAUGGAGGCUUGGAUAUUCUUAUUAACAACGCUGGACUCAUCACAGCUAAUUUUACGGAGACAACUUACGAGGACUCCGUACAAGUGAUCAACGUUAACUACUACAGCAUACUUACUCUACAACAAUUUAUGUUUCCGAUUUUAAGAGACAACGCACGCGUAAUUAACGUGUCAAGCGAUUGUGGUCAUAUAUCUAAUCUCAAAAAUGUCUACUGGAUCGAUCGUCUAACGAAGGAAGAUAUAAAACUGGAAGAUGUCAAUGCAUUCGUUAACUGGUUUUUAGACUCAGUCAAAAAAGGUACUGUGAAUGAAAACGAUUUUGCUGAAACUCCUCUUCUAGCGUACAGGAUUUCCAAAGUUGCUCUUUGCGCCCUAACAAGAGUGCAACAAAAUCAAGUGGGACGAGGUAUAUCUAUAAACUCCCUUCAUCCGGGAUUCGUCAAGACCAAUAUGACAAAAACUGCUGGUUUCCUGACAGUUGAAGAAGCAAGUCAAGCUCCUGUUUAUUUAGCUCUAGAUAUUGAUCAAUCUGUAAAAGGAAAGUACUUCUGGUUUGAUAAAACUGAAAAGGAGUGGACAGACACAAAUCUAAAAUUACACUGUGUGUAUACAGUAUUUGAAAAUAGUUUGAAGGGAGUGAAUCAAAAUUAA